GUAGUGAAGAGGUGGGGUGGGGCUGCAGGAUGAGAUGCAGGCAAGCGGCUUCUCCAAUCACGAUGUGGUCUUUGGCGUCAUUUCAGCAUCUUCAGUAUUUGUGAACCCGCCAAACCCUUCUUGUGUCGUCCAUCAUGACGUUAAGUAAUGGUAUCGUCGUUCUUCCAGCACCAGCCCCUACUCAAACAUAUGUUACCAUAUCAGCCCUGGAAGCCGGUCAGCUCACACUUCCUGAGAAGCUCUUCGUUACAGAUGCCGAUCCGGAGAGGCGUGCAACAGUCCCUUCCCUCUCUUUUCUUAUUCGACAUGGUUCAUCCAAUCUCGUCUUUGAUCUCGGUCUCAAACGCGAUUUUGCCGGCUACCGAGAAGCGCAGCAGCAUCAUAUCGCUCAACGCCAGCCAACUAGUGUUAGCCCAGAUGUGGCCGAAAGUCUGCGAAGAGGUGGCGUAGACCCAAGACAAGUGGACACCGUGAUGCUGAGUCAUGUGCAUUGGGAUCACGUUGGCACGCCCAGCGAUUUUACGAAAGCGCAAUUUGUCGUCGGAAGUGGAACUAUGCAUCUUCUUGCGAAUGGUGGUGGGCCUCUUUAUCCAGCUGAGAUAUUUAAUCCCGAUGAGUUGCCAGAUGAUCGAACGAGCGAGCUGCCUCCAGUCCGUAAGGAAGAAGGGCCACGAGCGUUCAAGAACCAACUGGCAGAACUCGAGUGGAAACCUUUGGCAGGCUUCCCUGCUACGAUAGACUUCUAUGGAGACGGAUCACUAUACAUCAUCGAUGCGCCAGGCCACCUUUUCGGACACAUCAAUGUUCUCGCUCGCAUUGGACCAAAGGAGUGGGUGUACCUCGGCGGCGAUUGCUGUCAUGACCCAAGGAUCUUGAGUGGCGAGAAGGGUAUCGCGCUCUAUGACGAUGGAAAGGGUGGCCUGAGAAGUGUACACGCUGACACCGAUGCGGCAGCAGCUACUGUCGAAAAGAUCGCAAGGUUCUUGAAGCAGGGUAAUGUGAAAGAGGAAGGUGAUGGACAAGUGCAGGUUGAGGUGGUAGUUGCACACGAUAAGGGUUGGGCAGAGGCGAAUAAGAGGAGAUUUCUACCAGGCCACUUAUAAGCAUUGCAUCACAUAAAGCACAUCAGUCUUUGUGACGCAUCGUAGGUAUAUAAACAGCGUGCUGCCGUUCUUGUUGCUCUUGAGACUCAACUGCUGCUCAUGAAGCACAACACUUACAGCUACUGCAGCAAUCAAGUCACAGCUUUCGCAAAAUGUACCAUGUCCUAUACAAAAGGUGUUCCCAAUCGCA